AUGCCCGAUUCGCGCCAUCCGAACGUCGGAGGAUCAAGACGAAACUCGAUGCUUGAAUGUGAUCUCUGGUGCGCAGGUGGUGAGCGCCAGCUCGACACACGGCUUGAGCGACCACUGUCGACAGAUGGAUCUCGGCACGGACUCGCACCUUGGUUGGGAUCGCGUGCUUGCGCUCACCAAGAUCCACAGACUGGGUUGACACAACGCAGAUCACGCGCCAACGUGGAUGUCGCGGAUGUUGACUCGACGCGAUCGAGCCGGAGCCAAGCGGAGCGUCUAUCCGUCGGACGUGCAUGUGCAAGGCAUCAUUCGACCACGUCGCGAUUCGGACGGCGUGCCAUGCGCCACGCGCGCAUGCUCGUCGGUCGCUAUCGCAUCCACGCACACGCACACGAACCGCUCUACCGCCGCUCUAGCACUGACCGACGCUUUGUGGAGCGCAUGGAUCCACCUCAUUUCGACAUGUGCACUCGCGCUACUCGAGCCCUGCGAAUGCGUGUUCGUCCUAUCCCUCCUCGGCGCGUCCGCCACCCUGUUCGCCAUGGCCGUAAUCUACUUGCCCCCCACAUCCGCGCUCAACAUGCUCCGCUUCUCAACACCUCCCUCUAA